CCUACUGUUCAGUUCUGCAUCCUCAACCGCCGUGUAAUACCAGCAUCUUGGGCUUUUCUUCGUUUAUUAAUAAGUAAACCGGUUGGGUUCGGUUCGAUUUUGAUUCAAAACCGGUUUUGAAUUAGAAAGCCCUAGUCUUGUUCAGUUGACGCGAGCUUCAGUGCUUUGCUUCAAACUUGUUGAGAUUUUGCGUUAAGAGCGAUUGAAGUGCGAUUUUAGCUUCGAAGAACAGCAAAAAUGGAACAAGAAAAACGAUUGAGAAGAAAUCGAGGUGAUGAUGAGGAUAUGAUGAAUCUGUUGCCGGAAGCUUUGAUUCUGAAGAUAUUGUCUUUGCUUCCGACGAAACUUGUCACAGCCACGAGUGUUUUGUCUAAACAAUGGCGGUCCCGUUGGAAAUCGGUGCCAAAUCUCGAGUUCGAUACUGAGGAUUACGAAAGUGAACACCUUUCAUUUUCAGAUAUUGUUUGCAAGUCUUUCUUCUCACAUGAAGCUCCGGUUUUAGAGAGCUUUCGUCUCCGAUUUGGAUCAGAUAACGUUGCCCCUGUAGAUGUUGGAUUUUGGGUUGGAACAGCGUUUUCUCGGCAUUUGCGUGUAUUGGUGCUCGAUUUCUUCACUAUGCAUGAGAUAUUCACAUUUCCGAGUAGCUUGUGUACUUGUACCACACUUGAGAGUUUGAAACUCGUACUUUUCAUCGUUGUUGAUAUACCAUCACCAGGUCUUAUGAAGUCUCUUAGAACUCUGCAUCUUGAGUUUGUGGACUUCAAAGACGAUGCAUCUUUCCGUAACCUUUUAUCUAGUUGCCCUAGUCUUGAACAAUUGGAUGUGUAUCGAAGUGACAGUUGUGAUGUUGGGACUUUCAAUGUUGAGUCCCCUUCUUUGCAGAGGCUAACGAUUCAUGAUACCAAUGAUGGACCAGAGUUUUGGGGAUAUUUGAUAAACGCUCCUUGUUUGAAAUACUUGCAAAUUGAAGACUUAAGAUGUCCAGGGUUUUCUCUGAAUGCGCCUAAGCUGGUGGAGGCAAGUAUCGCGAAUGAUACAUCCGUAACCAGUGAGAAGCUUCUUGGAUCUGUCACUUCUGUCAGACGUCUUUUAUUGGAUUUAUCACUCUUUAAGAUUACAUAUCCUAGUGGAAGUAUCUUCUACCAGCUGGUAUCUCUAGAGAUGUAUACACGUAAAGCAGAGUGGUGGAAUCUACUUAAGCGCAUGCUCGAAAUUUCUCCUAAACUACGAUUUCUCAAGCUCACUGAUAAACGUAAUUUUCUUAAUGAUGAUUUGGUCGGCUGCAAAUGGAAUGAGCCGAAGUAUAUCCCUGAAUGUUUGUUGUCACAGUUAGAGACAUUUGUGUGGAGAAAAUUUGAUUGGAGAAGAGAAGAAGAGAAAGAAGUGGCUACAUACAUUUUAAAGAACGCAAGACGAUUGAAGCAGGCAACAUUUUCAACAAAAACCAUCAAAUCGAAAGAGCUCAACAAGUUGACAGAGAGACGUAAGGUGCUCAAGGAAUUGGAUGGUGUGGUCAGGGCUUCAAAUUCUUGCCACCUCGUGUUCAAAUUCGAUUCACCUUCUUAUCUUUCAGACUCUUCUUUGCACAUAGAGCCCUUUUAAUACAACCGGUAAGAGGGACUUAGAUCGGUGUUGGUCUUGGGUAUGGUGCUAGUCGUUUGUGAUCGGAGUUGAAUGUUAUUUUGAAAUAUAUCUAUCCUUGUGAUGAUAAAAUCUUGGAUUUUUAUGAAUAUGAUUUUGUCUCGCUUGUUCCACCAGUAUAUGAAUAAAGAUGUGGUUUGGUUUGCGGGAAAUGGAAUGAACCAAAGUAUAUUUCUGAA